UAAAAUGUAAAAUACUGUUAAAUAUUCACCCCACAUGUAAAUUAACAGGGAACACUUGACCGAAAAUCUAUAUUCCACUUCUUUGUGAAUCACAUUGCAUUAAAAUUAACCAUGGGAAUUGCAGGUGCACUGUUUUGGCGAGUACAUGACACAAAGAUAGGAACGCUAGAUAUUUAUCACCAGUCCCCAAUACUGUACCUCAAAAAGGGCCACGAGGGUCCACUUCUUCCCCCGGCUACUCAUUUUCACCUGGAACAGACAGACCUACUGUGAUGUACUGUCAUCCAAAAUACAGUAGUAUACUGCUAAAAUAAAUGACAGUAGGUUCCUUGUAAAAUAUCAAUAAAUUACUGGCAUCCCUGUGGCAAUAAUUUAACAAAGAAAUGCUUUACAGUGACUGUUUAUGUUAAAAUUGAAAUGCUGUAAAGGCAAAUCUUCGAUUGUGCCUUCAGAAUUUUCUACCUGACUCCAGAGGAGUCAGUGCCUCGCCACUCACGAACCUCACCACAUUCACUGUCACGUUGCAUCACUGUGUAUUCCCCCUGGUGUCAGUGAGUCAGUGAUUAAGUCCGGUGGACACUGGCUUAUCUGCUGCGUAUUGCCGGGGUACUUGUGGCCCCCAGGCACAAGAGAGAGUGAGAGAGCGAGAGAGAGAAAGAGAGAGCGAGAGCCAGAGAGAGAGAGAGAGAGAUGAGCACUAAGCUUGACUCUCACUUAGUGAGCUCAGCAGUACCUGUUGGCAGUCUGCACUGGCAGCAUCUACACUAAGACUGUCAAUAUCCGAUUAGACGGCGGACGCAACCCAAUCAACCAGAAGAAAAAGCAGGAAUAUCAUACAGAAACAUAAUUAUUAUCAUGUCUGGGGCCACCGGGGACUUAACGUGUGAGGGGUGUUUUUCUGCGCAUGGGGUCAACAGCACCGAGUCACACUCCACCGUGGAUGAUGAUGAACUUGUACGCUACAUCUGGACGGAGUAUUUGCACCCCAAGCAUUACGAGUGGGUUCUAAUUGUGGCUUACAUCUUUGUGUUCUUCGUGUCACUCAUCGGCAACUCGCUCGUUUGUUUUGCAGUAUGGAAAAACCGCCACAUGCGUACUGUGACCAACUAUUUCAUAGUGAACCUCUCAUUCGCUGAUGUCUUGGUGACCAUCAUCUGCCUUCCUGCAAGUCUAGUAGUUGACAUCACAGAGACAUGGUUCUUUGGACAGACGCUUUGCAAAGUUGUGCCCUAUCUGCAGACUAUCUCCGUCUCGGUGUCAGUCCUGACACUGAGCUGCAUUGCGCAAGACCGCUGGUACGCCAUCUGCCACCCACUGAUGUUCAAAAGCACAGCCAAGAGAGCUUGCAAGAGCAUUGUUAUCAUCUGGAUGGUGUCAUGCAUCAUCAUGAUACCUCAAGCCAUCGUGAUGGAGAGCAGCAGUCUGGUGCCAGCUCUCCAAAACAAAACUAGUUUGUUCACCGUGUGCGAUGAACACUGGGAAGCUGAGAUCUACCCCAAGGUGUAUCACAGCUGUUUCUUUAUUGUCACCUACUUUGCACCAUUGUGUCUCAUGGUGCUGGCCUACAUCCAGAUCUGUCACAAGUUGUGGUGUCAACAGAUUCCUGGCAGCACGUCAAUGCUGCAGAGGAAGUGGAAGACCAUGCAGUGCUCAGCGGCAGCUGCAGGGCCAGGAGAGUCCGUGCGGGUCAAGACUAGUACCGUCUGUGCUGAGAUCAAACAGAUCCGGGCGCGGCGCAAAACGGCUCGUAUGCUCAUAGUGGUGCUCUUUGUGUUUGCCCUGUGCUACCUGCCAAUCAGCGUACUCAAUGUGAUGAAAAGAGUCUUUGGGACCUUCAAGAACACGAGUGACCGAGAGACAGUGUAUGCUUGGUUUACUUUCUCACACUGGCUCAUAUAUGCCAAUAGCGCACUCAAUCCCAUCAUCUACAAUUUCCUCAGUGGGAAGUUCCGUGAGGAGUUCAAAGCAGCUUUUUCUUGCCAUUGUCACGGUCAAGGCCAAGAGAGACUGAAGAGAAUAAGCACCCGAAUGAGCACCGACAGUCGAAAGUCGCUUUCCACUCACAUUCACAACAUGGACAAUGUGUCACACAUAUCAGAACGAGUGUUGGCUCGUGAGUGAACGAUUCGUUCAAAUGAACGAAUUUAUUUUCAGUGAGCGAGAGUGAACGAAUCACUUCCUAAA